ACUGUUGCAUUUAUGAGCAUAAACCCCUCAAUUUUUUUAGUUGUGAUAAAAGUGUGGUAAACCUCAUACUUACUGUCGAGGUGGGAAAGAUUUUACGGACUCCUAAAAAACAGAGCGAAAAUGGAAAUAUUAAUUAAUGAUUAUGACAUCAUUAAUGUAAUUGUAGAUUACUUGCAUUCUAGAAGAUUGUUUCUAAGCGCAAGCUCACUGGAGCAAGAAUGUGGGUUGUCCCCAUCAAGAAAGCUACCAGAGUGUUUUGAAACUAUCAGAGAAUAUUCAUAUGAUGGGCAAUGGGAUCACGUAAGGAAGUUAAUACAAGCAUUUGCCUCAACAUUUGACAACUUUCCUAUAAAGAGGAUAUUGUUCUUGUUGUUCCGCCAACGUUUCUGUGAACUUUGUUUUCAUGAAGAUGCUCAGAACGUUUCACUCGCUCUUAAGGAUAUUAUUGAAGAGUUGCAAUCAAUUUGCACUGAAGAGGAAUACGAUCAAAUGGUUGAACUGAUUGAGGGUUACUACACAGAUAAGGAACACAAGUAUGUCACCAAAGCAGCCAUGCAAGUAGCAACACGUCAUGAAUGUUACCAAGACAUAGUGUUGGUAAUUGAACCAUUAUUCUACCACCAACAUAAUGCUAACGGGGAUGAACACAAUCAAAGGUUAAUAUCCUUGAUAACCAAAGGGAUGCUUUACGACAAGUGUUCGGCUUAUUGCUGCAGUAGAGCAGUGGAUAACACCAGCAAUGAAAAUAUUGAUAAAACACAAGUUACAUCAUCAGCAUUAAACAACAGCAGUAUCACCAAUGUUAAUGCUUCCAUAUUACACUGGAUGUAUAGUCUUAAUGAUGAUGUGUUCAAACAAAGGUUUCGUGAUUCAGAUGUUCAGAUAAUUAUCAACAAAAUCAACCAAUCAGAUCGACUUAUUUCAAGUUUAAAUCCUACAUUUCAAAACAGAGAACAAAGUACCUUAAAAAUCUCACAAUCACCCCCUGGUUCCCCUAAGUGGUCAAAACCAUCCAACACAGGCGACAGUAACGCACUAGGGGAUUCCCCCGACCCAUUACCUCAUACCAGCUCCCCAGGACGACAAUUGCCGCUUGACGCGACAACUACCAAACCGGCAGAAAAUGUUACAACCCCUGAACCAAUGCUGAAACAAGAGGACAACUACAAAUACACGAAUCCUCAGGACUCUUACGCCAACUUCCUUGCUGAGAAAGAAGAUUUAAGGAAAGAGAGAGAUCGUGUUUUACAAGAUCUUCGUGUUAAAGAGGAGCGAGCUAUGGCUAUCAGGAAGAACCUUAAUGCAGACGUUUCACCGUUCCAAGAUGCCCCUUCACCCAAUUAUCCCCAACAAAGUAACCCUUUACCUAGUUACCCAUCCCAAAAUGCCCCUUUACCCAUCUCACCCCACCAGCACACAUCACCCGUUUACCCAGCUCAAAACGCCCCCAUGUCUACCUACACACCCCAUAGUCACCCCUCACCCACACAAAACAACCCCCACCCCUUUAAAUAUUACCCCAUAGAAAAGACAGAGGACCCAUCAGCAAUCAGAGCAGUAGCAUUCCACCCUAGAGGAGAAGUAUUUGCUGUUGGAUCUAACUCACAAAUACUUAAAAUAUGUUCAAUGCCAAGGCAAAGAUACCAAGACAGUCACUUGGAACUUCUGGGCACUGGUGUAUUAGAUGUUUGUGUGAAACUACCAAAGGUUCAUAAAGGUUCAAUUUACUCAACUGCUUGGAAUGAUGAUGGAUCAAUGCUAGCCACUUGUUCUAAUGAUAAACUUAUCAAGUUGUUUGAUUACAGUUCUACCACUAUGAAUGUAACAGGGCCAAGCUUGGAACUCACCCACCAUAAUGCUCCUGUACGUGACGUGGCUUUCCUAACCAACUAUGGCUCAGCUUGUGUGCUUGCCAAUGCUGGUGCAGAUUGUAUUGUGUACACUAAUGAUUGUGAAGUGGAUGCUAUGCUACAUAAACUAUCGGGCCAUUCAGAGCAAGUAUUAUCAUUAUACGCAUGGGGAUCUGGAAUGUUGGUAUCAACAUCACAAGACAAGUCAGUACGAACAUGGGAUCUUAGAACAUCAAGAUGUGUCAGUGUGCUUGGCUUCAGUGAUGCCAGUGACCAAUCUCCCAGUGUUGCCGCAAGUGUUUGUGUUGACACACGAGGGCGAUAUAUGGCUGUUGGGAGAACGGAUAAUAUGAUUUCUAUUUACGACUUCAACGCUGGCAAGAUUAUAAAGACAUACCAAGCACAUAACAACGAAGUUAGAAGUGUCAGGUUCAACCCAGUUUGCCCCAGUGUUCUACUAUCUGGUUCUUAUGAUGGUACAGCAUAUGUUACUGAUAUAGAAGCAUUGUUUUUAUCUGACCAUACAGACCCAUCAUCAUAUUCAUUCCGUGCUAUUCACCAUAAAGACAAAGUUAUACAGUGCAGAUGGCACCCUAGUGGGAGAUUUUUUGCUACUACAUCUGCUGAUCAAACUUGUGUUUUAUGGACUGCAUAUACUUAACAAUGUAGUCUUAUUGUAACACCUAUAAAUAUACUUGCGAAAUGCACUAUAGUUUUGAUGCAUAUAUUUCAUAGACAUGCAAAAUACCGUGUAGUAGGUUAUAAAA